AGAGCUAUUUAUUGUAUUAUUUACAAAAUUGCAUUCCUUGAAGAUUGAGUGUUGAAUGAAAUAAAUCUGUCAGAUCUGAACCAGUCAUUCAUUCUUCCUUCUUCUCUUAAACAGAUCUGCACCUCCAGUUCCUCCACCCUUGUGCAAAUCCCCAUUUUCUUCACCUCUCUACCACCGCCGCCCCAACGUUCUGCAAUUCCCCAACACCCCAAUCACCUUUCCACUACCACCCUUCUGGACUUUCGGAGGGUCUUUAUAGCCGUUUUUCCCGGCCUCCGGAGGGUAAAUGAAGCUUCUUUGUGCUCUGUAAGAUUGGGAUGUGGGUUUCUUCUUCUUGCUUCUGAGUGAUCAUGUCAAAUGCUUUUCUUUUCAUUUUCAACUUAAAAUCAAAGCCUUUUACUUCAAAUUGAAUUCGAUUCAUUCAUAUAUAUAUAUAUAUACAUACAUAUAUGUGUAUAUCUAUAUCUAUAUAUGAAAAUGUCGUCAUCAGCAACAGCAGCAGCAGUGGGGGUCUCUGAUCCAAGCCAACUUCACUUGAAGAGGGAGCUCACUCAGAUUCGAAAAGCCGCCCGCGUUCUUCGUGAUCCUGGCACCACUUCCUCCUGGCGCUCUCCGCUCGCCUCCUCCUCCUCUAGAUCUGCGGCCGUGGCGGCAGCUGCCCAAGCAGCUAUCACUACUGCUAAAACAACUACUACUUCCACUUGGAACAACAACAACAACAUUGGGAAUAAUAGAAAUGGCAGCGACAGGAGGGUCUUCUUGCACAACUGGAAGAACUCCAAAUCCUCCUCCAGAAACGAUGACUACAACGACGAUGAAGAUGACGAUGAAGAUUACAAUGAUGAUGAUGGCAUUUACGUUAUUGAAGAUGGCAUUGAUGCUUCUUCUUCAGUUGCGGACUUGAGUGUUGAUGAUAGCUUGAGUGAUGCGCGUACUGGAAGAGGAGGAGGAGGAGAUGGAGGAGAUUCGAGGAGUGACACUCAGACUCACAGCCGCUCCUCAUCCACCAUGCUCCGGCGUAGAUAUGCACACCUUUUGCCUCCUCGCAAAAACACUAACAAAACAAGUAAGAACACCGAUGCCCACUCCGACCUUUUAUCCAAAUAUCAGAAGAAAGAGUUAUUUCUUGGUAGGAACAGAAAACUAGUAGUGGACGGUCACCCAAGAUCAUCCGCCCGCCGUGACUUGGUCGACCAAUCUGAAGACACCGAAGACUACUGCAACUCGGAGGAUCUUAGGCCAAUUUCAGGGGCUUCCCCAUUAUUGCUAUCCAAACUUAAGCACAAGAAUUGGCCUCACUCCUCCUCUAAGUUUAGGAGAGAUAAUAGUAUUCCAAGAGAGGACUCUUCCUAUUCUUAUAGCACCCCUGCAUUGUCAACUAGUUCUUAUAACAGGUACGCUGGUGUUCGCAAUCCUAGCACUGUUGGAUCUUGGGAUGGCACUACAACUUCCAUGAAUGAUGGGGAUGAUGAGGUUGAUGACCACUUGGAAUUUCCCGGCCGCCAGGGAUGUGGGAUUCCUUGUUAUUGGUCGAAAAGGACACCCAAACACAAAGGCAUGUAUGGAAGCUGCUGCUCCCCAUCGCUUUCUGAUACUUUGAGGAGGAAAGGAAGUAUCAUAUUUUGUGGAAGUCAAAAUAUUUACCCUAGACAACGUCGAUCAUCAUCAGGUUCCAAUAAGCAGAGAAUUGCAUCUAGAAGUGCUCAGGGCGUCCUUCCAUUGCUUACCAAUAGUGGUGAUGGUAGGGGAGGUUCAUCCAUAGGAACUGGGAGAAGUGAUGACGAGCUUUCCACAAACUUUGGGGAACUUGAUUUGGAGGCUCUGAGUCGAUUAGAUGGAAGGAGGUGGUCGUCAAGCUGCCGAAGUCAAGAAGGGUUGGAGAUUGUAGCUGUGAAUGGAGAUGGAGAAGAGGAAGGCUCACCAGAAAAUAUUAGGAGUUUUAGCCAGAAGUACAAGCCAAUGUUCUUUGGUGAGUUGAUUGGGCAAAAUAUUGUGGUGCAAUCACUCAUAAAUGCUAUUGCAAGGGGUCGGAUUGCCCCUGUUUAUCUUUUCCAGGGGCCCCGCGGAACUGGAAAAACAUCAGCAGCCAGGAUUUUCACUGCUUCUUUGAAUUGCCUAUCUCCUGAUGAAAAUAAGCCAUGUGGCUUUUGCAGGGAGUGCUCUGAUUUUAUGUCCGGUAAGAACAAGGAUCUAAUGGAAGUUGAUGGCACCAAUAAGAAAGGAAUUGACAAGGUUAGGUACCUAUUGAAAACUCUAUCAGCAGCACCCCCAUCAGCAUCCUCGAGGUACAAGGUUUUUGUGAUUGAUGAGUGUCACUUGUUACCUUCUAAGACGUGGCUGGCAUUUCUCAAAUAUCUAGAAGAACCGCCACAGAGAGUUGUCUUCAUAUUUAUAACAACUGAUUUGGACAAUGUUCCCCGUACGAUACAAUCUCGGUGUCAGAAAUACCUCUUUAACAAAAUUAAAGAGAGUGACAUUGUGGCCAGGUUAAGGAAAAUAUCUGUUGAAGAAAACCUGGAUGUUGAAUCAGAUGCACUAGAAUUAAUUGCUUUGAAUGCAGAUGGUUCACUUCGCGAUGCUGAAACUAUGCUGGAUCAGUUGAGUUUGCUGGGGAAAAGAAUUUCAACAUCCCUCGUGAAUGAACUUGUGGGAGUUGUUUCUGAUGAAAAGCUACUGGAACUUUUGGAAUUAGCAAUGUCAUCAGACACUGCAGAAACAGUGAAAAGGGCCAGAGAGUUGAUGGACUCCGGGGUAGAUCCCAUGGUUUUGAUGUCUCAGUUGGCCAGCCUAAUCAUGGACAUCAUUGCUGGAACCUACAAUAUCAAUGAUAUCAAACAUGAUUCAUUCUUUGGUGACCGCAAUUUGGCCGAAGCAGAACUGGAGAGACUAAAACAUGCUUUGAAGAUUCUUUCAGAGGCUGAAAAACAGCUUAGGGUUUCAAGUGAGCGCUCAACAUGGUUUACAGCGACUCUAUUACAGCUUGGUUCAGUGCCUUCUCCAGACCUUACUCGCUCAUGCAGCAGGAGGCACAGCAGUAAGACUACUGAGGAUGAUUCGUCCAGUGCUUCAAGAGAAGCUGCCACCUACAAACAGAAGUCGAAUGCCCAAUACAUGCUUCAUAAAUCAAUUUCCCAUGCUUCUGUUCAAAAAGCACUAAAUGGAAAUUCCAACCAUCAGGGAGAUUCAUUGUCGCGAAAUAACAAUGCCAAGCCCUUGCAUGGCCAUUUCACGGACAGUGGUGCCUCAACUCCCUUGCAUGAUGAUGUUACAACUGGAAAUGCAAUCCUCAGAUGUGCUAACUCGGAGAAGUUGGAGGAUGUCUGGGCACAGUGUAUUGAGAGAUGCCAUUCAAAGACAUUGAGGCAACUACUACACUCUCACGGAAAGCUAGUGUCUAUAUCUGAAGCUGAAGGUGUUCUGGUUGCUUAUGUCACAUUUGAAGAUGGAAGUAUCAAAUCUAGGGUAGAAAGGUUUGUGAGCAGUAUCACAAAUUCGAUGGAAGUGGUUCUCAGACGCAAUGUAGAGGUUAGAAUUGUUCACUUGCCAGGUGGAGAGGCUUCUCUAAAUGGUCCAAGUCCAGUUCACUUACAAGGAACCGUGGCGGCAAUUCUUAGGGAAAGGAAAAGAGUCGGAUCAAAUGCCACAGAUGGUUACUCAAAUUGCUCUUUGUUUCUUGAUGAGACCCACAAGUCCACUUCUGAUUCAUCAGACGUGAUCGCUGAAGGCAAUGGCCAAGCAAGUGUUACAAGAGAGAGCAGACAGGAGAUUCCAAUGCAAAGGAUAGAAUCCAUUAUUCGUGACCAAAGGUUAGAGACUGCAUGGCUACAGGUGGCAGAGAAAGGCACUCCUGGUUCUUUGAGUCAUUUGAAACCUGAGAAGAAUCAGGUCCUGCCGCAGGAUGGCACUUAUUACGAAGAUCAGAUGGAGUCAUUGAAUUCAAUGAGGUUGUCCUCUCAGCAUGGGGAAGAUGGAUUAAACCCUGAAGUCAAAAUUUUGAAGGUUAAUAGUGGAAGGGACGUCCUGAAGGACCCGUUAGGUAGAAGGGUUGACCGUUAUCCUAUGUCCCCAAGUUUACUACAUGAUAGUAACUUUGUGGGAAAUUCCAACAAAGAUAACCAGGGUGAUGAAUCGGGAUCUGGUAAAGGAGGAGGUUGUAGUGGUUUUUUCCAUUGUUAUAAGACCAAACCUCGUAAAAGAGGAAAGGUAAAGGGGGGGACGGCUGUUCAGGCACGCAAGGGCAGACGGUUUUUAUUGUUUGGGGAGUGUGGGAAGAAGUCUAGGAAAACAGAGAGCAAACAUAAUACAAGGUGAAAAUGAGAUUUGUAGUUGGACGUCGGGAGUGGUGGCUGCGCAGCUGCUCAUUUGGCUGGUUACAUAAUUUUUUCCUCGUGUAAUUUCUGUGCUCCAGUAGUGCUUGAGCGAGGCAUUCUUCUGAGAGGAUGUGAGAGAGAGAAGUAAAACAGAUGAUGUAAAGGUUUGCGGUUAUCCAUCUCCAUUCAAUUUUCAUGUGGUCUGAAUACAAAUAAAAAUGGUAAAACCUUGAAUUGGUAUCACUCAUGUUAACUGAUUUUCUAGCCUUGAUGAGCUCAGGUAGGUUUUCCGAGAUUCUUCAGGCUCAUUGCUUUUGCGUCUGAAUGUUGUGCUUGGGAUGGUGCAAGUAAACCUUCAGAUAUGAUGGUUUCAUCUUAAACAUGUAAAUCCCGACAGCCGUUCAUUCAAAAAUGUAUUGGAUACGUUAUUGGAAUUUCAUUUUAUUAACUUGGCCUUCAUUGUAACAA